AUGGAGGUACUACUAUUUAUGCCACAUCAGUACGAAGAGGGAACGGGGUGGAGAGAUGGGAGCCAAAGUACGAUGCCAAAGGAGUAUUCACUAGUAGUAAUAUUUAGUGUGAUAGGGGCAAGUAUAAUACUGUCAAGUUAUAACCUAAUUUCGAUUUAUCUAGCGACGGAGCUGCAAUCGUUUGCGCUGUAUAUCAUAGCAGCGCUAUCGAGAGACUCACUAAGUAGUGCAUUUAUCCUACUAGGUGCAGGGAUAAUAUAUACAUGUACAGGGAGUACAUCACUAGCGAAUAUGAGUAAUUGGAUAUCAACUCCAGAUGUAUAUCAGAAUACUCCGACAGUAGUAACGAUAAUGCUGAUAACGAUUCCGAAGAUUUCAAUUAUGACAGCACUGUAUACGCUAACUCAGGAGUUUUAUAAAUACGAAGGGACGGUAACAGGUCUUGUUCAAACACAACUAAGAAGACUUCUGGCAUUUAGUACAAUUAGUCAUGUAGGAUUUAUAGUACUUAUGUCUAAGUCUAGGGACAGAAUCAAGUAA